GUGCCGUGCAUCACCAAGGCGCACUUUGAGGAGUCCAUGAAGUACGCGCGGCGCUCGGUCAGCGACGCCGACAUCCGCAAGUACCAGGCCUUUGCGCAGACGCUGCAGCAGUCACGCGGGUUCGGGACCGACUUCCGGUUCCCGGAGGGCGGCGCCCCCGCGGCGGCCGCGGCGGCGGCGGCACCGGCGGCGGGCGGCGGCGCGUUUGCCAGCGGCGCGGCGGCGGCGGACGACGACGAUGACCUGUACAGCUAG